AUUCUUGAUUUUCUUUCUUUAUAAUUACUAAAAGAUAAAACAACUCUCUUCAAACCAAUACGAGCUCUCGGUCUUUCCAGAGCGAUAACGAACUGUCUUCCGCCAUGCAACCACCGCGCUCGAAGGGUAGUGGUGGUGGUGGUCUAACCACUUAUCGAGGCGUUACAAGAUCGAUGACCAGACGUCAACAACGGAACUCAUUGCCGGUACCUGAAGACCUCGCUAUGGAGAUAUUCUCGAGGCUGCCGCCGAAGUCGAUAUCGAGAUGUCGUUGCGCAUCCAAGCUCUUCUCCUCCAUGCUUCGCAGUCAAGAUUUCACAGACUCCUUCUUGACCAGAUCUUGCGCUCGCCCUCAGCUCCUUUUCGUCAGGGAAGAUCACACCGUCGCCGGCGGCGAGCUUACCUUCAUCUCGUCCCCUCAGCCUGUAAAUCCCCAAGGGAACUCGUACGUUGUAGCCUCCAACCCUCUUGCGUGUUUCCCACGUUCCAGUGGAUUCUACGGUUGCACCAACGGCUUCUUCUGUUAUGGAGCUGACCAGUUCUUUAAGGGGCUGAUAAAGCCAGUGGAAGUUCCGGUGAUAUGUAACCCCAGCACGGGACAGUCCUUGACCAUGCCUAGGUUGAACUCGAAAAAGAAGGAUGGAGUGCAAAGCUAUCUUGGAUAUGAGCCUAUGGAGAAAGAGUUCAAGGUGUUGUCGAUGUAUAACUCGCGUGUAAAUGGUAAGUGGAUCUCAGUGGAGCACCAAGUUCUGACUUUAGGAACCAAGAAACUGUCAUGGAGGUUGGUUGAAUGUUGCAUACCACAUUUGAUUUCUAGUAAGUGGAUAUGCAUCAGCGGUGUUCUCUACUACGCAGCCGGAUCUUCCGUGGAAUUAUCUAUGGUAGUUUGUUUUGAUUUGAGGUCUGAGAAGUUCAGCUCUGUCGAGUUCGGUAAAGCAAUGCCUGGCUCAACAACUCUUGUGAACUACGGUGGAAAACUAGGUUUGCUUAUGUCUGGAGAUUCUCAAUAUGUUACUCGAUCAAGUACAAGUUUUGAGCUGUGGGUUCUGCUUGACGCUGCAAAACACGAGUGGUCCAAGCAUGUCUACGUGUUACCACCUUCCUGGGAGGUUGUGGUUGCAGAGGCGACCAUGGGCAUUACAGAGACGACCAUGUGCAUUGCUGGAAUGGUUGGUACCAAUGAGAUCGUCUUGUCCCCGCGCUACCAAAACGUGCCUUACUAUCUCAUCUACUUCAACGUGGAGAGAAAGACCAUCACACAAGUUGGAAUCCAAGGACUGGAAGCGUUUCAGGGUAAGAGUUUCCACACCUAUCUCAACUACGUUCAGAAUGUGAAGCUUCUUUAAGCAACUUUAUAAGUGAGAGACAAGACAAGUGUAGUUUUCAUUUUGUGUGUGUUUCGUUUUCUUCUAGCAUCUUACCUGUUGUGGAUGAUAUAUAGUAGGUAAUCUUCUUGUUACAGACUCUUUACGAAUGUAGAUACUAAUCCAAAAACAGAGAAGUUUAGAAUGUGAUCUUUCAAUGUUGUGAUAGAGAGAGAGAGAGUAAGAGUUUCUACUUUCUAUUUGCAGAAUGUUAUUAUUUUGGUUAAGAUCUCACUUAAC